UGGCUUGGCUAUAAGUGCAAAGUUUGUUUAGGGGUCUGGCACAAAUCCUGCCUUGCAAAAUUGUCAAAUCAGAAUUGUCACCAGUCAACACAGAAAGAAGAAAUUUCUGAAUAUUCAGGGGAAGAUGGAUUGCCACAUUCAGUUCUGGAUCAAAUAUCAAGCGAUGAUGAUGGCAACCACAGCAUAUCAGAAGAAGAAUAUGUGCCAGAUUCAGAGUCAUAUGAUGAAGAUUCAGAUGAAGACAUCUCAUUAUUGCCAAGCACAUCAAAAGGUCUGCUAUGCCAAGAUGACAUCUCCAAAGCGCAUGAACAAUCAGAUUCAACGAAUUUAAUCCACAACUUGACAAAGGACAAGCCAGAAGAUAAAAGUGAGCUUUGCGAAACUGAAUCAGAAAAAAUGACUUUAAGUAAAAGAAAUUACUGCUAUUUUUGUGGCAAACCACAAGCUAAAAUUUCCCGCCACCUGAAAACGCACAAAACAGCUCCUGAUGUUGUGCAUGCAUUUUCCCUGCCUAGAGACUCAAACGAGCGUAAAAGCCUGUUAGAGAAAUUGAGAAAUAAGGGAAAUUUUAAGCAUAAUGCUGCAGUGUUGCAUGGUGGAGUGGGACCACUGAAAGUGAAGAGAAGACCCAAGAUUAAAGCAGUAGAGGGAAAGUUUGCUCAUUGCUUUUAUUGUCAAGGGAUGUAUGUUCGCAAGGAUCUUUGGAGACAUGUCCGCAGAUGUCCUAACAAACCAAAAGAUGACACGGAUAAAGAACCUGGAAGAACCAAAGUACUCGGCCUGGCUUUAACUCUGGAGUCUCAGUGUUAUCCGCAGGUGUCAAGUGGAGUGUGGAAGGUUCUUGCUGUUAUGAAACAAGAUGAGAUUGCCUCAGCUGUGCGAAAUGACUUUACUGUUAUUCAGUUUGCCCAGUCCCUCUACAAUAAACAUGGACAAGACCCUACUAAGUAUGAUUAUAUACGACAGAAGCUUCGUGAAGCGGGACGUUUGUUGUUGUGUCUGCGUACAGAAUUCUCAGUGCAUAACAUCGAAGAAGCUAUUAAGCCUGCUAACUUCCAGAGAGUUGUGCAAGCAGUAAAGAAAGUUUCAGGUUUUGAUGAAGAGACACUGUCAUACAAAACUCCAAGCCUUGCGCUGAAACUGGGACAUACACUGCAUAAAAUGUCUGACAUUAUCCAUUGUCGUGCCCUCAUGACAGAGGAUGAAGCCCUAAUCAAGUCCACUGAUGCGUUCAAGAAGUUGUAUGUCUCCAAAUGGUCCGAGAUGGUGUCUCACCGUGCCUUGAACACAUUGAGUGAGGCAAAGUUUAACAAGCCAUCAACAUUGCCCUUUACAGAAGAUGUUCGGAUUCUCCAUCACUACCUUCAAAAAUCUGCAGAAAGUGCCUUUUGCAGCUUGGAGAACGAAGCCACAGCUCAGAAUUAUGCCCAACUUGCACAAGUUACACUCUCACAAAUCAUUGUGUUCAAUCGAAGACGUUCUGGAGAGGUUUCAAAGAUGCGCCUCAAAAGUUUUCUUGAAAGAGACAAAACGGCACUCCACACAGAUGUUUCCAUGGGGCUCUCAGAAAUGGAACAGAGACUCUGUAACUAUUUCUGUAGAAUAGAAAUAAUGGGAAAAAGGGACAGAAAUGUUCCAGUUCUGCUAACACCAAGCAUGCUGGAUGCUCUGUCACUACUGGUUAGUAGGAGGCCUGACUGUGGUAUUUGUGCCACUAAUAUCUACCUCUUUGCAAGACCCCGAUCAAUGAGUCAUUACAGAGGAAUGGACUCCUUGCGUGUUCAUGCACACCAGUGUGGAGCAAAGCACCCUGAGUAUCUAAGAUCGACACAGCUCAGAAAACAUGUUGCCACACUCUCACAAGUCCUUAAUUUGAAAAACAAUGAACUUGAUCAGGUUGCAGAUUUCCUGGGUCAUGAUAUCCGCGUUCACCGCGAAUUCUACAGAUUACCAGUUCCCACAACACAGCUGGCCAAGAUUUCCAAACUGCUUUUAACACUGGAAAAAGGACAUCUUUCCCAGAUCCAGGGGAAAUCACUGGAUGAGAUCGAAAUUGAAGAUGAAAUUGCAUUAAGUGAUGCUGAAACAAAGGACAGUGAGAGUGAAUCAGAUGAUGAUGACACAGCACUCACAAUGUCGGCGUGUGGCACCAGUGAGCCUGUACAUGCAGUAGCUGAUUCCACAAACACAGCGCAGCUCCAAGACACUGUAGAUUGUGCAGAUGAAGAACCACUCAUAAUGCCUGCAGCAAGUGAGACUGCUGCUCCCUCUGAAGGGAUUUGACGGAAUCAUCACAU